AUGGCUGCUUCCCUGGCUGCAAGGGGAUACAGGUUGUGCCAGGAGCAGAUCCUCUACUGUACAGCUGUUGUCAGAAUGGAGAAACAUGAAUGGAAAGCCAGAGAGUCAUCAGAUGGUAAAGCACCUGCUUGGCAUGUGGAAGAUCCCAAAGUCAAUCCCUUGAAUCUCUACUUAAAAGAAUCAGCAUGUUCUGCCCUUGGGGUAGACCAGUUAGAUUCUGUGAUUAUCGCUCCUCCGCCAACUGAAGACGGAAUAAAUCUUUCCCUAGAGUAUUUACAGCCUUACUGGGCAGAGCUUGAAAACUUAGUUCAAAACAAAAAGAUUGUUGCUAUUGGGACUUCUGAUCUAGAUAAAGCCAUGCUGGAGGAGCUGUUCUUGUGGGCACAGGUGAAGCCAAGCAGUAACCAGGUGAACCUUGCUUCCUGUUGUGUGAUGCCACCAGAUCUGACUGCCUUUGCAAAAGAAUUUGACAUCCAGUUGUUAACUCAUAAUGAUCCAAAAGAGCUACUUCGCGAAGCAAGCUUCCAAGAAGCUCUUCAGGAAAGUAUCCCAGAAUGCCAUGUACACGAAUGGACUCCACUGUGGCUUCUGCGGUAUUCAGUCAUUGUGAAGAGCAGAGGAAUUAUCAAAUCCAAAAGCUACAUCUUGCAAGCGAGAAGAAUACCGUCAUCUUAAGACUUUCGACAGUGGCCUGCUUCUGAAAAGACCCUGUCACUACAAGGCAUUGCACCAAGGUGCAAACGAGAAAAUUCAAAAGAACAAAUGUGUUAUUAUCAAGUGGUCAGUGACACUCAAAUUGUAUAGCGGUAUAGCCGUUUGACAGCAUAGUCGAUCCAUCAGUUUCCUUUCUUUUUACGUGUUUUUUGUAUGGAGACCAGCUUGCUCAAAUGGCAAAUAGUUGUUUUCACUUUACUGGAAUUUGUUAAUUUCGAUAUGAUAUAUAAAUAAAAUUAUUUGAAAUAUUUUAAUGAGUAAUAUAAACUAAAAAUCUUUUACUACCUAUAUUUUGAUUGAAAUAUUUUUUAUUUGUAAGGAGAAAUAUACCUUUUCUUAUUGGUGGCUGUG